AUGUCUUUACGUACCAAUGCAGCAUCCUCUCCACUUGGUGAAGGAAUAGAAGUAGAACAACCCAAUGUAACCACUCACAAGGAAUCGGAUAUCAUCACUGAUGAUUCACCUACAUUACCGAGUAAAUCUUCCACAACAACAACAUCUCCGAUUUCUAAUUUUCUAUUGGAAGAACAUUCAUUCUCGGAGACGAUCAAAUCAAAUUUAAUAACCUCAUGCAAAAUUAUACUCUUAUCAAUAUUGUUUUUAUUUGUAAUGAUUAGUAUCACACGGGAGGAUAGAGCACAAUAUGCCUUUUCAAUGAUGCGGAAGGUUUUGCCAUCUUCAAUGUUUGCAAAACAUCACGACACUACGGGUGAGGAAAUACAAAGGAAUGAAUUGGAUAGAAUUGAUAAAGCUCGGAAUUAUAUUAAUAAUAUGCCUACAGAAUUGGUUUCUCUAUUGAGGAAAUCAUUUGAACAGGCCAAGACACCAAGUAGUGGACCAGUUGAGCAUUCUAAAUUUUGCAUCUCGAUACCUUCGAUUACCAGAAACAGACAAUACCAAGAAGUUUUGAUUCAUUCAAUUUUGGCCAAUACCUCCAUGAAUGAUUUGAUACCCACCUCCAAUAUUGCAAUCAAUAUAUUUGAUGCAAGUUCGUUCCCAACUGGACAUUUGAACGCUAUUAAGGAAAAGCAAAUUUUUAACAUUUUUCACAGGGAUGAUAUCAAGGGAGAUAGACAUUUCUUCACUAGUAAUUUUGAUCAAGUUUAUAGUAUGAGCUAUCAUCAAAAACAAGCUUUGGACUAUAUAACAGCAAUUGAAUAUUGUACGAAACAUUAUCCUCAUAUGGAUUAUAUUAUCAUUUUGGAGGAUGAUGCAGUAGUACCAAAAGGAUGGCUAGAUAGUAUUAGAGAGCUAUUGAAAAAUAUGAAUCACGAUUUCUACGACCCAUCAAAUAGGAAUGAAGACAGAGAGAGACUAUUCAAAAAUAGAUCAUUUAUGUGGAUGAAAUUGUAUUUUUCUCAUUCCUACAAUGAUUACAAUGAGAAGAGAUUGCACUUGAUUUCUUUUGUAGCUUUAUUCUUUUCCUUCAUCAUGACCAUUGGUUACUUUACAAUUCAAGCAAAUCAAUUCAAUAGUGGAAAUGACAAGAUUAUUCUCAAUAGAUUUAAAUUCUAUUGGAUAUUUGUGUUACUGUUUGCCAUUACACUCGGAUUCUUACUCUUGGUUCGAUUCCACUAUUUGGAAUCCAAAUUCAUCAAGCUCACUAAAUUCUUCUCCAAUGAAUAUGAAGGAACUGGAAGAAAAUAUCAUUUGCAAAGAGAUUUCCCUCAUUAUGGUAGUGCGGUUGCCAUGCUUUAUCCAAACAAACCUGAACUCAUAAAUCCAUUUCUUGAUUAUUUGAGAGAAUGGCAACCACAAGCCUCAUCAGAAUAUCCAAAUGAUAGAAUAAUUUACAAUUACGUUUACAAGAAACGACACAAGGAUCUCGAUUCAUACUUGGUGAUACCCGAUCUAGUGGAGCAUGUUGGUUCGGUAUCAUCACGACUUUCUUCUUAUUAA